AAGAUUUAGCUGCUCGUGCAGUACGUACGUCCACCGUACUGUACGUACUCGUCCGUAUUACUUCUACUGAGAAAAAGAAAUGGAAGGCCCGUGCUUUCGAAACAACAGGAAUAAGCAGCACUCAUUCGCUGUACCUGUUUGUUUGUUUGUUCGGUUCGACGACCCCACGAGACCACAACAACACCAAGACCAACCACCACCACCCCCGCAAAAAAUGGUAGACGACCGGAGAGCCAGGCUGAAGGCACUGGCGGCCCGGGCCGGCAGAACCAAAGAAUCCGCCCCGGACCGCGGGGCUUCGAGCGCGAGCGCGGGGGCAAACAACAGCAAUGGCAACGACCCRCCCAGGAUUUCCUUCCGCAACUACGCGCCCACCGACGGCUCCCUCGCCGGAGGAUCGUCCGGGGGGGCCGGCCCGUCGGCCUCCAAGCGGCAGCGCACGGGGCAGGAGCCGGCGGCGGCGCCGCGUGCGGCCGCCUCGUCCUCGGAGGCGCUGAAGAGCGCCCUGAGCGAGGCCAGGGAGGAGGCGGCCGUUGGACACGGGGGCAGCAACAGCAACAGCAGUGCGAACACCCACGCAGCCGCCGGGGCGACCGUCACGAGCCUGGCGCCCAAGAAAAUCAACUGGGACCUCAAGAGAGACCUAAGCGACAAGCUUGCGAAACUGGAACGGCGGACGCAAAAAGCAAUCGUGGAGAUCCUGAAGGAACGGCUGGAAUCGGAGGCCGCCGAGGCCGUCGACGAGGACGGUGAUUCCGAUCUGGAUUGAUSGCAUCGAAAUCCAUUCGCAGUGUAGAUAGUAAUAUUCUAGUGUUACAGUAUUGAUUCAGCAACG